AUGGCCAACAUUCCGCUUCACUGCAAUAUUUGCCCCAAAAAGCCCAGCUUCAGCGAUGUUUCACAUCUACUCACUCAUAUUGCCAGCAAAGGUCACUUGUCCAAUUACUACAAGGUCAAAGUCCGGUCCACCAACGAGGAAGCAUCUCGCCGCCUCGUUGAGACGUACGACCAGUGGUAUGCCGAAUGGGCUGUCGAGGAGCUGAUGUCGGAGCGGAUGAAUCAAAAGGACAAACGUCGCACUCGUGCGAGGACCACUGCCCGACCCGUGCCCACGCAUCCGCUCAAGAUUGAAGCCCCAGUGCCACGCCCCGUACGUCGUGUUGCCGCAAGCAACCUCCUUGAUCCGCGUCUAUCAGGGCAGCAGCAUACCAUGAUCAAACUGGAGCAUUCACCUUCGCCAACGCCCCAGGCUAAUGGACCGGUCCUCCGCAACCGCAAUACCUUCGCGCCUCAUAUGCAAUAUUGGCCUACAGAGUCACGCGCCAGCUCCCGUAGCUACACCAACCAAGAUUACGACACGUCUAGUGAAUACUCAGACCCGAGCGAGAGGCGGAGACCAUACCGGUACACCGCUGCAGCUAAAUAUGCUAUCGAGGACGAGCCUGCCGAGGUCGUGGACCCAAUGGCCGUCAGUGAGUCAACCAAACUCAAGGGGGUAUACUGGCCUGGGAUGGACAUCUUCGACUCUGCUACCCCAGAGAUGCGUCGUAAAAGGAACCAGAAGAAGGACAGCUCUGUCGUGGAACAACUGGAACUCAACUCUCAAGAAGUUGAGGCUACUGAGCUCAUCUUCACCCCAUUGGGCACUUUCAAACGCCAACGCAGAAUUUCAUGCUCUGAGUCUGACGAAGACGAUGAGACUGAGAUAAAAGCUGAGAGUCCUCAACCAGUGCGCAGACGGCCUGCACUCGCCAAUCUUGAUGCCAAUGCUACUCGCCGCUCUACCAGACAAUCCAAGCGACCUGUGUUUCCCUUCCUCAAUCGCAAUCAAUACGACGAGGACCGCGGUCCGUCUGGGUAUGACCACAGUCACAAUAACUAUGCUCCAAAGCGGAAGCGAUUCGAAGUCUUUCAAGACAAUGAUGAUGUUCCGUUCUCGCAACCCAGCAGCAUGAAUUAUCUCACGUCUGGAUUCACACAUCAAGCAUCUCCCUCCCCAGCACCUGUGUUCACUUCCUACAAACCCUUCAACGAUCCUUUUCAGUACGAGAACAAGGAGAACAUCCUACCCCCGUUCCAUCAGACAGGUUACAGCAACUUUGACGGGCAACAAAGCAAUGGCUAUCAGUAUCCCACCUACUCCUAUGGCAUCGGUCCUGAUCAGCAGGCCUUCCAGUACACUAGCCAUCUCUACAACACCACAAGCGCCUACCACCAACAUGAUCAGGAUGAUGAUGACCAACGCACGAUUACAGCGCCGCCUUCGCCAUCUACGAGCUGA